AUGGCACUCGAUGGAUCCAUUGUCGCAGCCAUCGUAACAGGUAUUGCUGCCUUAAUUGCCGCGCUGGCGACUGCUUGGAUGUCCGGAUGGAACGAACAUCGAACUCAAGCUCGUGCGAACAAGAAGGCGCUGGCUCGAUACUCAGUACCCCUCAUUAUCGCAGCAUGGGACCUGUCCAAUUGGUUCUUUGACAUUCUGGAUGAAGACAACUAUAGUCCGAAGCGUUGCGCAGCCUAUGGUGACGGGUGGAGCAGUGAGUUCACUUCUUACUUGAUCGGCUCAUACUUUGCUGGCGUUCAUAUCAUUCGCGAAAUGACACACUUCUUCGCACACAUUAGGGGCGAGGAGGCCGAAAAUCUGAAAAAGACCCUCUGGAAGAUACAAGACGAGUUCAUCUCGAUGGACUACGAAGGGCGCGAAAGCCGGGAGAUGCGUUGGUUCGAAGGCGACAUACUAGCUGCUCAAGAACACCUUACUGAAGUGGUUGAACAUAGUAGUGCCGAAAAUACCCGAGAGCUACGAGUAAUUGGGUGGACAGAAUUCCAGAAAAAGUACGAAUCAACUUCCGAAUCAAGGGGCUCGCCAAACUUGCACAACCUCUUUAGCUGGUACGAGGACGAAUUUCAGCAAAUUGUUUACCGUCGGUUCCGAAGCUUGUAUACCAACAAGUGGCCAACACAUACCAAUCCCCAAGCUUACGAAACCAUGAAAAAGAAUAUCGAAAACCAAGAAGAAGGACAGAAGACAGAGUUAGAAAGGGAAAUACUGCGCGAGGCUCGGAGUAACAAAGUGGUCAAUGACUUGAACAAGAUGGCCUUAGAGGAGAGUUCCGAGCAGGAGCAGAGGCGCAAGAAACUAGAGAAAGAAGAAGAAUCUAUCAUGAAAGAGCAGCAGCAGUACCCACAAUUCAGUGUCAUAGUACCUGACCAUCGAGUACGGCGCCUUCAGCACCUGCUGAUGGACCUCGUAGAAGUGCUGGAUGCCUUCACUACUGUGAAACUCAAUCGACCAGUGCGCAGGUGCACGAUGCUUGCGGAAAAUCGAGUUCCACUUGGACCUAGUAAUCCACUGGAUCUUACGCCUGGGUACCGCAUUCCUUGUGACUGUAGUUCUCGCGACUGCAACCCAAAACAAGAGGAUUUCCUAGACCGAAAACUUUCAACAAGGAAGUCUACAAAACCGAAUCCAUCACGAGACCACCUGAUUGAGUCGAGGGUACCCCCAGCAAGGAUGGGUGUAGUCGACGCGGAGAAAGGCAUUAGUCAGUAA